GGCGUGACAUUCAUGCCCUUAAGUCCCACGUUUGAGAAGUACGAAGUGGAACAGGAGGUGAGGGCUGCCGGCGCUGACGUAGUCAUGACAUCCGCUCAAGACUUUCAUAAGUUUGAGUGGGUUUUGGAUGACUCGCGAAAUAACAACAAAAAUCCGGUGAAACUUGUGGUCCUUUUCGACGGCAAACACGAUAAGCACGUGACUUAUGAGGAGCUCCGGGAUGAGGGAAAGGGUCGGAAAUUGGCUCAAAUACCGCACUUUGAUGUGAAUCCCGAGAAAGACAUGUUAUUUCUCAUACACACGUCUGGCACUACCGGUGCCCCUAAAUGUGCCAUGGUCCCACAUCGUAUUGUAUUGAAUAGUAGUGAUCGGACAGGUAUGACAAAGGGGCUGACCUCGGCAUUGAUAUUUCCUAUGGGACACAUGUCCGGGUCAUUUCACGUGUCCAUUUCAAUAUCAAGUGGCAGUAAAACUAUAUUAUUUGACGAUUCAAAUGCUGAACACAUUGCUAAGUCAAUUGAAAAGUAUGGCAUUCAGACCCUGGGCAUUUUUCCAUAUACUGCCAAACAGUUGGUUGAUCAGGGUCUAUUGGAUAAAUACGACCUGUCCAGUUUGAAAGCGAUUAUGAGUGUUGGGGCAGCAUUUCCGCCUAACUGUGCCCAGGUGUUUAUUGAUAAAUAUAAGUUGAUGUUCAUGGAAGGCUAUGGUAUGACCGAGUACAUUCCCGUGAGUGGGAGAAUGGGAGUGGGCGAGUAUAUCCCGGGUAACUGCGGGCAAGUACUCCCGGGCACCGAAGCUAAGGUCAUCGACUUGACUACCGGUGAAAGUCUGGGCCCUAAUACCGACGGAGAGAUAUGCGUUCGCGGAGUCAAUCUGAUCGCCGGUUACCUCAAUAACCCGAAGGCCUGGGAGGCGGCGGUGGACGGGGAGGGCUGGUAUCGGACGGGCGAUAUCGGUCACUACGACGAGAAGGAACGGCUGUUUAUAACGGAUCGCCUCAAAGAAGUCGUGCGAAUAGGUGUCGACAAUCACUACAUAAAUAUCAGUCCCGUGGAGAUCGAGCAGUAUGUACUGACCCACCCGGCCGUCUCUGAGGUGGGGGUGGUUGGCGUCAACAACAGGGCCGGCACUCAUAGACCCCGGGCUUAUGUUAAAGUCAAAGAGGGGCAUACAGUAAGUGCCGAGGAGUUGAAGAAAUUUGUGUCUGACACUCUGGCGUAUACUAAGCGACUGACCGGUGGUGUCGUAUUUGUAGAUAACAUCAAUAGGACUACCUACGAUGUGGACCUGGGUGACAAAACAAUUUGCAACCCCUUACCCUUUUUCCACAGGUUUGGCGGUAUGCUGGGUAAUAUCGGUAUGUGUGGUGUCCCGUUUAAAAACGUGAUCCCAAACUUCUUUUAUAAUGUGAAACUGAUUGUGAACACAAUCAACAAGCACCAGUGCACCUACCUAUUCGGCACGCCUACCAUGAUUAUUGAUAUAUUGAAUUAUUUGGAAACUAAUAAAAUUAAACUGGAUUCCUUAAAAGGUUUUAACACGGGUGGGUCAUCCAUGCCUAUUAAUGUGGCACAUAGGAUUCAAAAAAUUAUACCUACCUGUACCGAUGUCCGAGUCGCUUAUGGAGCUACUGAGGCCGGGGAACUCCUAUCCAGGGGACAUAACCAAAUGAUUGGCUAUUGGAGGGAUGAGAAAAAUACCAGGGCUGCCAUUGACAGUAGUAAUUGGUAUAAAUCUGGGGACCUGGCUACAAUGAAUGAGCAUGGUUACAUCAAAAUCGUUGGUCGCAUUAAAGAGAUGAUUAUAAGGGGCGGCGAAAACAUUGUGGAGUGGAGUCCCCGAGAAGUGGAGGAAUUGCUGCACAAACACCCGGAUAUACUCGACGCAUACGUGUGUGGAGUACCUGACCAUAGGACGGGUGAAGAGGUGUGCGCUUGGAUUCAACCCAAGGAUCCCAUCAAAAAGCCUACGGAAGCCGAGAUCCGGGAGUUCUGCAAACAACGGAUAACCUACUUUAAAGUGCCCCGGUACGUGCUAUUCGUGGAUAAGUUCCCGUUAACACCGGCGGGUAAAGUGAAAAAUUUUGUGAUGAGGGAACAGUCGUGUCGUAUACUCGGGUUGAAUGAAAAAUAA